AGCACCAAAAAGCUGUGCUAACUCCCUGGUUCCAAUAGCAUCUUGAAACCUCAGAGAGAAUGGAACUUCGCAGCUCAAAUAUCAUUAGUUUCAAGACCAGGGAGCUUCAAUCACUCCUAGUCUUGGUUCUUUCUCUAGCCAUCGCCUUCACGGCUUCGGCGUCGUCUCAAGGCAUCGAUUUCAGCUUCCAGACUUUCGACAAUGAUAGCAUUCGAUUCCAAGGCGACGCGUCUAUUUCGGGUAACCUCAUCCAACUUACAAAGGCCUCUCAGAGCACGGGGUGGGCCAUGUACCAUGAGCCGAUGCGCCUUUGGGACAAGGCCACCGGGAACAUGGCGGAUUUCACCACCAAUUUCACCUUCAUCAUCAAUUCGCAGGAAAAGUCGAAAUUCGGCGAUGGAUUGACAUUCUUUCUUGUCCCUGAAGGGUCUCAAAUCCCGAUUAACUCAUCGGGACGCUACCUCGCUCUCGUAAAUCCGAACCGCAACCCUUCCAUCUCUUCUACUUCCUUUGUAGCCGUCGAGUUCGACACUUAUAGCAACAACUAUAGUGGUGUUGUGGACCCGAAUUGUUCACAAGUUGCACAUGUUGGUAUAGACUUGAAUAAUCUCACUUCCGCGGUUUCUAACUGCGUUGAUUGGUUCAAGGAUAAAAUCAUGAGCGGUGGACGGAUCAAUGCUACGAUUAUGUACAAUUCUAGCAUGCAGAACUUGAGCAUUGUCAUGAUCGAUGCAGAUGCCACGGGCACUGACAUAAAUUCCUCCGCUAUCUACAAUAUAGUCAACAUGGCCAAGUAUUUGCCGGAGUGGGUGAAUUUUGGCUUCUCCGCUGCAACGGGUACGAAUUUCGAGCUGCACACUCUUGAGGCAUGGGAAUUCCGCUCUAAUGUGCAAGUGGCUGGAAAAAAGAGUAAGUUAUGGUUAUGGGCUACCUUAGGCUCAGGUUCUUUCAUUUUGCUGGUUCUUGUUCUAGCGUUUGCUUGGUUUCGUCACUGUUCGAAGAGAAGGAAACUCCAAAUUCGGCGACGGAUUCACCUUCUUUCUUGUCCCAAAGGAUCUCAAAUGCCAUUCGAUUCCUUGGGACGCUACCUCGCUCUUGUAAGUCCAAGCCGCAACUCUUCGAUCUCUUCUACUUCCUUUGUAGCUGUCGAGUUCGACACUUAUCGCAACAACUUUAGUGGUGUUAUGGACCCGAAUUGUUCACAAGUUGCACAUGUUGGUAUAGACUUGAAUAAUCUCACUUCCGCAGCCUCUAGCUGCGUCGAUUGGUUCAAGGAUAAAAUCAUGAGUGGUGGACGGAUCAAUGCUACGAUUACGUACAAUUCUAGCACGCAGAACUUGAGCAUUGUCAUGAUCGAUGUGGAUGCCACGGGCACCAACAUGAAUUCCUCUGCUAUCUACAAUAUAGUCAACAUGACCAAGUAUUUGCCGGAGUGGGUGAAUUUUGGUUUCUCGGCUGCAACGGGUUCGAGUUAUGAGUCCCACACUCUUGAGGCAUGGGAAUUCCGCUCUAAUGUGCUAGUGGCUGGAAAAAAGAGAAAGUUAUGGCUAUGGGCUACCUUAGGCUCAGGUUCUUUCAUUUUGCUGGUUCUUGUUCUAGCCUUUGUUUGGUUUCGUCACUGUUCGAAGAGAAAAGGAACUUACAAGAGCGGAGAAGAAGAUGCUUUGGCAAUCGAUGAAGAAUUCGAGCAAGUGCCAGGGCCCAAGAAAUUCUCCCACAAGGACUUGGUGGUGGCAACCAAUAAUUUUGCAAUUGAACGGUUGCUUGGAGAAGGGGGCUUUGGGAGAGUGUACGAAGGAUACUUGACCACCAUGAAUGCCAAAGUCGCAAUCAAGAAGAUUAAUCCAGGGUCAAGACAAGGGAUAAAGGAGUAUGCCACCGAAGUGAAGACCAUAAGCCAACUCCGGCAUAGAAAUUUAGUCCAACUCAUCGGGUGGUGUCAUGAGAAGGAACUCCUUCUUAUCUAUGAGUUCAUGUCUAAUGGUAGCCUGGAUACUCAUCUAUUCAAAGAACGAACCUUCUUGUCAUGGGAGAAACGGUACAAAAUUGCGCAAGGCAUAGCCUCAGCAUUGCUUUACCUCCAUGAAGAAUGGGAACAAUGUGUCCUGCAUCGGGAUAUAAAGUCCAGCAAUAUCAUGCUCGAUUCCGAUUUCAAUGCUAAAUUAGGGGACUUUGGUUUGGCUAGGCUAGUUGACCAUGCCAAAGGGUUACAAACGACUGUUUUGGCCGGGACCAUGGGCUAUAUGGCUCCUGAAUGCGUUUACACGGGCAAGGCAAGUAAGGAAUCGGAUGUCUAUAGCUUUGGAGUUGUCCUAUUAGAAAUAGCUUGCGGAAGAAAAGUCAUUGAGCCAAGGGCCAAGGAAGGCCAAGUCCAGUUGGUGGAUUGGGUUUGGGAGCUUUAUGGGACAGGGAGGCUACUUGAUGCUGCAGACUCUAAACUUGGUACCAAUUUCGAUGAAAAGCAACUAGAGUGCUUGAUGGUUGUAGGGCUGUGGUGCGCUCAUCCAGACCACACUGCCCGUCCUUCCAUAAGAGAAGCAUUAAAUGUUCUCAACUUUAACGCCCCGCUACCUGUUCUUCCAUUGAAAUUGCCAGUCCCUACAUAUCUGGCACCUCUAUCCACAUUCACCAUGGCAUCGAUUGUUUCAUCUCACGCCACCUCGACCAGCGGCACCGAAGAGCUGCCGGAGCUCGUCCCCGCCGCCGGGAGGCCUCGCCUAGCCGCCGCCUCGCCCGUCCGAGCCACCGUCGAGCUGCCGCCCCGUCCCUCUGCCCGUUUCCGACCUAAACCGGCACCGGAUCCGCUCCCUCUCGGCCCUGAUCAGCAACCCAGAAAAUGGGUUUUCGAUGGUCGAAUUGUCCCCAAAGGUGACGCCUCUCAGUUGCCUUCACGCGUCCAGCUCACCAUAAGUGAUAGGAAUCUGAACCUUAAUUCCAGCGUGGGUCGAGCCACGUACCACGAACCGAUGUGCCUUUGGGAUAAGUCGACUAGCAAUAUGGCAGACUUCACCACUCAAUUCAGCUUUGUCAUCGGUUCAGAACAUAAUGAAACAUUUGCCGAUGGAUUGACGUUUUUCUCGGCCCCAAUGGGUCAGACUUCUAAGCAACUCGUCUGGUGGCAAUCUUGCUCUUGUAAGUGUGAACCGAAACCCUUCCGACCCUUCUACCACAUUCCAUCGCUGUGGAAUUCGACACUUUCUAUGACAGGUCCACCAAUUUUUGGGACCUGCAGUGUGAACAUGUUGAGCGCAAGAUGUAGUGUCCUCAUGAUCGAUGCCACAGAUCCAAAAAGGAACAUUGCCAAGCACUCCCAUUCAGUUAACCUGACAGAGUAUUUGCCAGAAUGGGUGACAGUCGGUUUCUCAUUGGCCACGGGUUUGAGCUUUGAUCGCACUCUGUACUCAUGGGAAUUUAGGUCUGAUCUCGAGUCACCGAAAACGCGAACAGAACAAGCAAGAAAGAUAAAUGACAGAAUUGGAGAAGAGGAUGAUCUCCUGUCAAUUGAAGAAGAAUUUAACCAAGUGACCGGACCCAAGAAGUUCUCCUACAGGGACUUGAUUGCACAAGGUAUAAUCUUUGUAUUGUUAUACCUCCAUGAAGAAUGGGAACAAUGUGUUGUCCAUAGGGACAUAAAGUCAAGCAACAUUGUGCUUGAUUCAGACUCGAAUGCUAAGCUGGGGACUUUGGAUUGGCUUGGCUAG